CGCGCGACCAUGGCUGACCAUGGUCAGGGAAGACUUGCUUGUGUAAUAUCAGAAAACCUGCUUAUCGACCUACAAGUAGUGGAAAAAGUUAUAGAUUUGCUAGAUAAUGACAAUACAGUACCGUUUAUAGCACGUUAUAGGAAAGAGGAUACGAAAGGACUUGAUAGUACCAAACUUAGAAGUAUUGAAAGUUUACUUCACCAACAAAGGACAGUCAGAAACAAAGCAGAAACAGUUAAGAAGAAGAUAGGUGACAAACUUACCAACAAGAUAAAGAAAUCUUUAGAUGAUUCACGGUCACUAGAAGAAGUGGAUGAAAUAUAUGCUCCAUUCAAAAAGGGACACAAAGGUUCCUUAGCAGAAAGAGCAAGAGAGCUGGGGCUUGAAAAAGUUGCAGAGUCAAUUCUCAACCAAAUUGRAAAAGACACAAAUUUAUUCCAAUAUAUUGACUAUAGCACUGAAGGGUUAAGAAAUGUAAAAGAAGUGUCCCUUGGAGUUCAGCAUAUUCUGGCUGAUAUAAUCUCUAAAGAUCCCAAGACUGUGGAGAGCCUGAAGUCAUUGUGUGAGCAAUACCCACCGUACCUCACAACAACAAAAAAAAGAAAAGCAAUUCCUAAUGGUGAAGAAAAAAAGUAUGAAAUAUAUCAGAAUUUACACAAGAGUGUCAGGGAAUUUAAGGCACAUCAGACWUUAGCAAUAAACCGUGCAGAGCAGUUAAAGAUUCUGACUGUGAAAGUUGCAAUUAAUCCUCUGGCGAAAGACAAGUUUUUCAGCUUUGCAAAGAGUUAUUGGAUACCUGGAAAUGCCACAGCUGAUAACAAAAAGUUACUAUUGCCCUCACUGGAGGAUGCAUACAAUAGGCUGAUGGAACCAAUGAUAGCAAGACGUGCAAGGACUGCUCUCAAGCAACAAGCAGACAAAGAAAGCACAGAUGUCUUUGAACAGAACCUGUACAAUUUACUGCUCAGCCCUCCAGUGAAAGGCAAGGUUGUCCUCGCAUUGGAUCCAGGAUAUACUCAUGGCUGUAAGAUGGCUAUGCUGAGCCCANCAGGUUUAGUGUUGGAAACAUCAUUGAUUUUCCCCACUGGAAGAAGAGCCAAUUCUAGAGAUGCAGCAGAAAAAAUUGUUUCUUUGAUCAAAAAAUACAGCUGCGAGACAAUUGCUAUUGGUAACGGAACUGCGUGUCGGGAGACUGAACAAUUUGUCGCAAGGCUCAUCCGUAAAGAAGCGUUUCAGCCUUUGGAUCUUGUUUACUGUAUUGUUAGUGAGAACGGUGCGUCUAUUUAUAGCGCCUCUGAAGAAGCAAAGGCUGAGCUGCCAGACCUUGACGUUAGCAUGAGAGGAGCUGUAUCCAUAGGGAGGAGAUUCCAAGAUCCGCUUUUAGAGCUGGUCAAAAUAGAACCCAAACAUCUUGGGAUUGGAAUGUAUCAGCACGAUAUUCCCGAGAGUUUAUUACGAGGUGCGGUGGAAGGUGUUCUGACGGACUGUGUUAGCUUCGUGGGAGUUGAUAUCAAUGCUGCAGGUGUCAAUACUCUAAAGCGUCUGGCGGGACUUAACAAAAACAAGGCUAAAAGUAUCAUUGAAUGGCGGAACCGAAAUAAGAGAUUCCAAAAUCGUGAAGAAAUCUUGCAGUGUAAGGGGAUUGGUAAAAAGUCCUAUGAACAGUGUGUUGGGUUUCUGCGGGUUUUACCAUCCGCUGACCAAAGUGAUGGCAGUGGUGGUUACGAGAGACCUGUCGAGGUGAUUGAGGUGACAGAGAGCGAUAAUGAAGUGGAAGAAGUAGGGAAGAAACGUAAAAAUAGUAAAACAAAAGAUAGCAAAAGAAAAAAAGCGAGAAGAUCGAGCAAAGAUGGUGGAGCAGAGUACAACCCUCUUGACAUGACGUUCAUUCAUCCAGAAUCGUAUGGUGUUGCCGAGAGGUUAAUGACUCUUGCAAAAACUCAAGGAAAGGACAUCGGCAAGCCAAGUAUGAAGACUGCUAUCGAUGCACUUCUUACCAAACGAACUGUUAGAAACUUGGCUGAAAGUUUUGGUGUCGGUGAACCCACCCUACACCUCAUAAUCGAUGGCCUCAGACAACCAACAGACCACGAUAUACGAGCAACUUUCGAGAAGCCUCUAUUCCGCAAAGGUAUCAUGCUGUUCGAAGACCUUCAUACGGGAACGCAGCUGACAGGACGCGUCUGCAAUGUCACCACAUUUGGCGCCUUUGUUGACUGUGGUGUUGGGCGUGACGGUCUUAUACACCAAUCACGGCUACGAAACCACAGCGAAAUGUCCAUAGGGGACAUCGUGGAUGUGUCAGUUGUCUCGGUAGACAGAACGAAGGGACAUUUUAGCUUGGACGUCGUAUCUGUAAGGCCGCAUUUACGACCACAAUUAUUGACGUCCACAAGUUUUGACAGGACGUAGAUUGGGGGAUUGACACUCGAUCAACUAACUAAAGCUACGCGAAAUAGCAAUAGAAUGAGAUAAGCUAUAUAAGUAUAUAAGUACUAUUUUUGAUGAUUGCGAUAAUUUUAAUGUUCGCUACACAUACAUGUUUCGACGUGUGCGUCACGUCAUCUUCACUGUGAUUAUAAGUGAAUAUUCCUUUUUUCAUUAC